UUGGGUGAACUAACCCUUUAAUCCAUGGAUAUUGACAUGCAGCAAGGAAUCGUGCUUCCUGACAUUUCUGUGUCAUCAUUCAGUUUUUUUGCCACUCAGUGGGCGUAACUGCAGUCAUAGCGGCCAACGGUGACGUGAUGUGCAUACCCUCUAUUGAGUGAGUACUUUUAAGUUUUACAAAUCAGAUUUGGUGAUUUGUAAAUAUAUACAUUUUUUUAUAAUGUACGAUUAAAUUAGAGAUUUUUAUUUGGUUAAAAAAAAAAAAAAAGAAAAAAAGCGACAAACUAAUAGUUUGUCGCUUUAAUUCCUAUGGUGGACUAACGGCGUUAGGACCCUGCAGAGCACCGCUAUAAAACACGUGGAGAUUCAAGCAGCACUCUUCCAAAGAAUCAACACUUCACCAAAGCAAGAGACCAAACCAUUUCUCUUCGUAUCUGUACGUGUGCUCCUUGCUUUUGUUUACACUCUGCACGUGUGACACUGGACAGUGUGAAUACAGUCGAGCACAAGAUUUCAGCACUAUUGUCUUUGUAAAGUUUUCUGACAGCUCUAUCGCGGGUCUGCGACCACCCUCCCCUCGCUCCCCUGUGGAUUUAAUCGUAUUGCAGGAAUUCCCUCACAUCCUCUCCUCCUGCGCUGUGUAUGUGUGUGUGUGUUUGGGUGUUUUUUGUGUCAGUAUAUUAUGAAGAUCUCAUCAUAAGGAGCCGGGCAUCAUGAGGAUCUACCGGCGUAUGGAGAACUGGUGCCUCAUGAGCGGACUGCGCGCGUUUGUGCUGCUGUUAGUGGGACUGACAGCUGGCAUCUCCACUCAUGGGAGGCAAAUAAAAAGUGUGUUCGACAAACUGGAACAAUACCACACCAUGGUACCACUACUGCUGGAAGGAACAGAGCAGCGCCCAAUCAGCUGGCUCCGCUCCAGGACACCUCCUGCUUCACUGCGCAUCCUAAUCCUAGCAGAAGGACAACAGCUGAUUUUAUCUGUGGAGAAGAACCACGGCCUGUUCGCCAGCCAUUAUACUGAGACGCAUUACAGGGAAGAUGGACAAACUGUUUCCAGCACUCACAACUCUACGAUGAAUUGCUAUUACCAUGGUGAAGUCCAAGGAUAUGCUUAUUCUGAUGUCAGCCUUAGUACAUGCUCUGGUAUCAGAGGGUUUAUCUUACUUGAAAAUAAAACACUGAUGGUGGAGCCAGCUUUUGAGCCAGCAAACGACACCCAUGUGAUUUAUGAAGGACAUCACCUACACUUCCCCUCCGGAACCUGUGGACACGGACACAACAUAUCGACUGUCAGCCAUACAAGCGCUGGAGGACUGCCACAAUCAUUCAGGACGAGGCAUAAAAGGGAUGUUCAGAAGACCACCAAAUACGUGGAGCUCAUCAUUGUAGCAGACAACAGAGAGUUCCAGAAACAAGGAAAAGAUGUGGAGAAGGUUAAGCAAAGGCUUGCUGAGAUCGCCAAUUAUGUGGACAAGUUUUACAGAGUGCUGAACAUUCGUGUAGCUCUGGUGGGACUGGAGGUGUGGAGUGAUGCCGAUAAGUGUGCAGUUACCCAAGACCCCUUCACAACCCUGCAUGAGUUUUUGGACUGGAGAAAACUUAAACUGCUGCCGCAGCAUCCACAUGAUAACGCCCAACUUAUUAGUGGGGUGUACUUCCAGGGCACCACAAUAGGCAUGGCUCCCAUCAUGAGUAUGUGUACCGCUGAGCAGUCAGGAGGCAUUGUCAUGGAUCACUCGGACAAUCCUCUGGGAGCUGCUGUGACUCUGGCCCAUGAGUUGGGCCAUAACUUUGGAAUGAACCACGACACACCAGAGCGAGGAUGCGGCUGUAGGAUGACCGUAGAUCGUGGCGGCUGCAUCAUGACCCCCUCUACAGGGUACCCAUUCCCCACAGUGUUCAGUACAUGUAGUAAGAAGGAUCUGGUGGCUAGUCUGGAGAAGGGAGUGGGCAUGUGUUUGUAUAAUAUGCCUGAAGUCAAAAUGCUCUACGGGGGACAGAAAUGCGGCAACGGAUACAUUGAGGAAGGAGAGGAGUGUGACUGUGGAGAGCCGGAGGAGUGUCUGAACCCCUGCUGCAAUGCUACCACCUGCACUCUCAAGGGAGAUGCUGUGUGUGCCCAUGGACAGUGCUGUGAAGACUGCCAGUUAAAACCAGCUGGGACUCCUUGUAGAGAGUCCAGUAACUCCUGUGACUUACCUGAGUUCUGCACCGGUACCAACCCCCACUGCCCUGCCAACGUGUACCUGCACGAUGGGCAUGCGUGCCACAAUAUGGAUGGUUACUGCUACAAUGGCAUCUGUCAGACUCAUGAGCAGCAAUGCAUUACUCUGUGGGGUCCAGGAGCGAAACCUGCCCCGGGGAUCUGUUUUGAAAGGGUAAACUCUGCAGGUGAUCCCUAUGGAAAUUGUGGAAAAGACUCUAAAGGCUCCUUUGCUAAAUGUGAAGCAAGGGAUGCUAGAUGUGGAAAAAUUCAGUGCCAAGGAGGUGCCAAUAGACCAGUGAUCGGAACCAAUGCAGUUUCCAUAGAGACAAAUAUACCUCUGCAGGAGGGCGGCCGUCUUCUGUGCCGUGGAACACACGUGUACCUGGGUGAUGAUAUGCCUGAUCCGGGACUGGUAUUGGCAGGCACUAAGUGUGCUGAAGGAAUGAUCUGUUUGAACAGACAGUGUCAGAAUGUCAGUGUGUUUGGAGUGCACAAGUGCUCUGGGAAGUGUAAUGGAAGAGGGGAAUGCAACAACAAGAAGAACUGCCAUUGUGAAGCUCACUGGGCACCUCCUUUCUGUGAUAGGGCGGGGUUUGGUGGAAGCGUUGACAGUGGACCAAUGAGACAAGCCGAUGUGCGAGUGUGUGUAUUAAUGUGCGUGCUGUCCUAUGUGACAACAGCUGACAGCAGCGCCGUGGCCGUGGGCGCGCUGGUCACCCUCCUUUGCUUGCUGUCGGCGGGACUGAUUGUGUGCCUGAAGAGGAAAGCGCUGGUUCAGAUGCUCUGCAUCAAUAAGAAGAGCACCAUUCAAAAGCUAAGAUCAGUUGGGCGAAAGCGAGCACCCGGCUCCCCACAGACCCAGUCAGUCUUCAGGGUCUCACCUCAGCACAAGCCCUCCUCUUUACCUUUACACUCCCGAUGUGACAAGACAUCCCAUCCCAGUUCGGAGCCUCUCCUCCCUCCACAUAACUUCCACAGUUUGCGUCGGCAGCCUGAAUGUCCCACCCGCUGCCAGCCCAUCCACAUCAGCCACCCCAUGCCCAUCACACUGGGCGUCAGCAUGGGCUCAGGUCUGCAGCCUCUGCCCUCCGUCCCGCCUCAUAGGACUCUGGUCUCACACUCGCCGGGCAGAGCGGCAGGCUUCCACACACUCCCACGCCAGCUUCCCUACACAAACAACCAGGACCAUGACAAGCCCAGUCCCCCACAGAAACCACUUCCUGCGGACCCCUUAAUCAGAGGCCACGGGGUGGGUCGAAGCAUGUCAGCGGUGGGAGUGCGGAUACCAGGCCCUAGACCUCUAGCCAUCCCGAUUCCAACAGUACCACGACCGCCCCCUUCCAUUCCACUUCCGAACAGACCUCUUCCCAAAUUACCUUUUUAUGAUCACUGACAUAUGGACACCACAGCACUGGGUGAAUUUCACCAGCAUCUGAACACACUUGUUUGCACUAUGAAAACUCUGUUGGACCAAGUGACCACCCUGCAGAAACUCUACAGAGGUUCUCACAGAGAAGAGGGCUGACCGGACACCUUGGUGCUGUGCCUCCUCAAAAAAGGUGUUCGCUUGUUCUCGCUCAGGUACUGCAGAACUAUUUAAGAUGUAUAUUUAUUGUGAGGAGGAAACAACGUGCUGUGCUUGACACUUUUUUUUACUGUAUGAACAUUGUGACUUUUUAAUUACAAUUUUUUGUUUUUACAUGUUGAAAAUAAGGCAACAAAUCAUGUUUUCCUUCUCUUUUUGAGUGUUUUUUUUUCCCCUUCAGUUGAUCUAAUGCUGUGUUCACGGCAUGUCGUAAUUACGUAGUUCUGGCAUGAAACUCUAGAUGGCGCAGGCUGAUAUGUCUAACUCAUUUGGUAGCGAUCACAUCAUUAUCUGCAUAGCACAGCUGAUUGGUUGUUGUUGCAUCAUCGGCCAAUGAGCUGCGGCUCAACAUUCAAACAAAUACCAGAAGAGUUUGCUGUUAGCAGUGCAGCGCACUUUCAGAAACCCUCCACCUUCCCCAGCUCCACCUGUAUGGAUCUGCUAUGGGGUUAAUUCAUGUAUGUUACAUGUGCGGCAGCAGCAGCAUGUCUUACAUGCUCACAGCAAUAUAUAUGAAUGUACUGGCAGUAGCAAGUCUCAGUACCUGCUCUGCAGCAGCAGCAGAGUAGCAGAUCUAUUCCGCCAAGAAAAAAUACAUUAACAUAUCCAUAUCCAUUACCAUGCCAAUCUCCCAAGAGUUAUGACAGAAUUACUGUAAUUUUGAGAUGACAACAUGCGACGUUCUUCUCAGAGCUGUGAAGAUCAAAAAAAAGAGAUGCUUUAUUAUGACGCAACUUGUCUGGGAUACUGGAGUACAAGCAAAAUGAAAUCUAAAAGAUUAAACAGAGCGCUGGAAUGGAAUCAGCCACUAAGUGCAAAAACCCUUCACAUUUACUUGAAUUAGACAAGCCAUGAAGGAGGAAGUGAUGUGAGCCAUUAUUUUUCAGUCAUCUGUGGCAGUCAUGCUCAUGGGCACUUUUUUUUUAUUUUUAUUUUUUUAUAAAAAUAUACUACCUUAAAAUCAUAUGUGCUUGAGCAAAUGCAGUUCUAUCUGCCCAUGCAAGAAUCACUGUUAAAAGGAUAUUUCACCCAAAAAUGAAAAUUAUCCCAUGAUUUACUCACCCUCAAGCAAUCCUUCUUUCAGACGAACACAAUCAGAGAUAUAUUUAAAAAUAUCCUUAGUCCUCCAAGUUUUA